ACUGUGAUCCCCCCCUCUCGGCCCUCCGAUCCGACUUACUCUCUUGAUCUGUCUUAUCAAGUUUAGAAUCCCGGUCAAAAUCAAACAAUCUGGCGGCAGAGAAGAGGGCUUCACGUGUACUAGAAUGAGACCUCCCACUCGUUAUCAUUUUCCUUUAUUUCAUCUCUAAUUCCAAAAAUUAUAGAAAUUUUCUCUCAUCAACGGUAGGAGUACAGAGUAUGCGUAGAAGAAGCAAAGGAAAUAUUGAUGGAUCUCUUCAUCACAUUUUCUUGAUUUGCAAGCUCACUCCACUCAUGGCAUGGUAGAUUUCGUCCUUGGAAGGACUACAUUUGUCUGGGAGGGGAGUGCAGGCUUUUGUGAUUUUAUAUUGCAGUAUUCCUACAAUGGGCAAAUCACCAGGAAAAUGGAUCAAGACCCUACUUUUUGGAAAGAAAGCAUCCAAAUCUAAUUUUUCAAAAGGAAGAGAGUUUGAUCCCAAUGUGAAGAAAGUUGCAAAUGAGAGAGAAGUGUGGGUUGCUGCCAAGGCACCAGAAGCUGACUUGGGUUUGGAUCCCCAUGUGUCAUCAGAGGCUCCUAAUAUUAUUGACAAAAAUGAGAUGUUAGAAUUUGAGAACAGGGAAGCUUCUGCGGGUGGAAUAUUGUCUGGGGAUCUGGAUGCAGAUAUUCAAGGGUGCAGACAACUCAGUACACUAAAUAAUCCUGAAAGGAUAAGACAGGAGCGAGCUGCUACAAAGGCCCAGGCUGCUUUUAGGGGUUAUCUGGCUCGCCGUGCAUUUCGGGCCCUCAAAGGGAUAAUAAGGUUGCAGGCUCUUAUCCGUGGCCACUUGGUGAGGAGACAAGCUAUUUGUACCUUAUACUGUAUGCUGGGAAUUGUCAAGAUACAGGCCCUUGCUCGUGGAAGAAGGAUCAGGCAUUCUGAACUUGGCCUCAGAGUGAAUAAGAAAUGCAUUCAAGUGAAACCUCUGAAGGGCAAGCUUGGGGAUCCUGCUGGAGUUAGCUCAUCCACACAACUAGCAAAGCGAACCGCAAAUACUUUUGUUCAUAAGCUUCUUGCUUCAUCUCCCACUGUGAUGCCUCUACACCUUCAAUAUGAUUCUGAUGAACCAAAUUCAGACUUCUAUUGGUUGCAAUGCUGGUCAGCAUCCCACUUCUGGAAACCGAUUCCCCAACCAAGGCAAGUUCCUGACUCAAAAUCCCAGAAAAAGCAGGGUAACCCUCAAGCUAUAGAAACUGAAACAGGUAGGCCCAAGCGCAGUGUCAGAAGGAUCCCUGCUAUGAAUGUUGACAGUAUCUCAGCCCAAUCAACCACUGAAUUUGAGAAACCCAAGCGCAACUUCAGGAAACUUUCAAGCCGUCCAGCAGACCCAGUACUGGAACAUCCACAAAAUGAGCUUGAAAAAGUUAAACGUAAUUUGAGAAAAGUUCAUAACCCAGUUGUGGAGAGCUCUGCCCAGCCGGGCAAUGAAACUGAGAAACCAAAGCAAAGUAUGGAAAAGAUAUCGAGCACUCCAGGACAUGAUGUUUUGGAGCAGAGCAUGGGUGAUUCUGCAGAGAAGAUGAACAUGGAGACACCUGUGACUGUGUCCAAACUGCCUGAAGUAGAAACAACAACAGAACCACCGGCAGUGAUAUGGGUGAAUGAGGCAUCGGAUUCAUUACACAAUGACCAAACUGUAGUUGAGUUACAGCCGGUAGAGAACAGUGGAAAAGAUGAAAAUAUUCCUGUGGCAAAUGAGGAAUUGAGCUCUAAGGAGGAUGCUAUUAGCAAUGAAAACCAAAAAUCAAGCAGGAAAGCUUCUAUUCCAGCAAAGCCAGAACGUGCAGAAAAUGGGCUAGAGAGCAGUCCAAAGUUGCCAAGCUAUAUGGCAACAACUCAAUCUGCAAAGGCAAAGCUCCGAGCCCAAGGCUCCCCUCGGUUGGGGCAAGAUGUGCCUGAGAAGAAUAACAUAACCAGGCGUCAUUCUCUGCCCUCCUCUACUAAUGGCAAAAUGAACUCAUUGUCACCGAAGACACAGAAACCGGUUCAAGGAAAUGGCAAAGGAGGAAAUAGAAGUGACAGAUCCAUUUUGUCUUCAAAAGAUGGAAACGCAAAGGUGGCAGUCCAAACAGAGUGGAGAAGGUGAUUGGAAGGAAAUCCAAAUUUUAAGAAAAGUUACAGUAAGUUAAAUUUGUGAGCAACUUGUUGGCUUUGUCUUUAUGGUGCAAGAUUAUUGUGUAAAAAAACUGAACAUGGGUUCCCACUCGGAGGUGUGUGAUUGUGCGAAGAGCUUUUUCAAAAGUUUCUUUUGCUUUUGAGUGUGAGAGAGUAUAUGUACAUCCAUAGGAUUUGAAGUUUCAUCGUACUGCAAUCAUUCAUUAAUUUUAAUUUCUGCUUGGUUUCUAUUAUGAGAGUA